GUGAGACAACAGCUAGGAUGGGGGGUCGAGGCAACAAUAGAUUUCUCUCGAGAAAUUUGCUCAUCCAAGCCAAACCUGACGGCUCUAGACAGUAUUACGAACAUGAUGAUCGAGGUUGUACCUACAGAGGUAGUGGCAGCAGUGAAAGAACAAAUGGUGGUGGUGCCAGAGGCAGAGCCAACUCCAGAGAUUUCUACAGAAAUAGUGGAAAAUUCAGAGGGAGAGUAUGGGAUGGUGAUUAUGGCAAUGACAGGAGUACACGACUGCCAGAGGGUCACUGGCGAGGAGACAGGCGACCAUCUGGAAGAGGUUUACGAAAUCUUCGAGCACCUCGGUAUCAGGAUGAAGAUAUUGAAAUGAAGAUGAAUAGAGAUAGGAACAGACGCCAAGAUAUGUAUAAAAGCCGAGGAGGACGCCGGGUAAAGGAUUUCAAGGGUUCCCGAGGACCUCAGAAUGCUAACACCAGCAAUCUUGGUUGGCAUAAAAUUCUUAUACAGGAGGGAAUUGAGCUAGACAAAAAUGAAGUUCUUGAAUCCAUACGUAACUUGGUACAUGAGCCGUUCACUCCUAUACUUUAUGAAGUUGAAGGGAGAAACCUUGUUUUUUAUUUAGAAGAUAAUGGCCGUGCUGCUCAGGCCAUUGUACAAAUAGGCAAAAGAGUUACUCUGAGCUCUGGUGUUCGGCUCAACAUUUGGAGUAACAGAUCGCUGCCUCCAAAUAAGCCAGUACCUCCAGAACAGCAUGAUUGUUUGAAACGUGUUAUGAGUGAGCGCUAUACUCCAGACCUGAGACAACUCAAUCUAAAUAAUUUUCACAAUGAUAUCAAUCUUAUAAAAGAAGGCAUUUUCUGUCCUUUAUAUCGACAACUCAACAUGCAGUUGGUAGUGAAUAUUAUUGUUGAGAACAUACCUCAGGUUCACGAAAUUGAUCUUAGCCAAAACAAGAUCCAGUGCCUUGACGAUUUAGUCCGCCUUGUACCCGCCUGCCCGGACCUUCAGAAACUCAACCUAGGAAAAAACAAGAUCCUGAAUCUAGAUACCCUGGAAAAACUUGUUGGACUUAAUCUUACAGAACUGACUCUGGAAGGCAAUCCUCUCUGCAACCAGUUUCGAGAUACUGAAUUAUACAUCAGUGCGGUGAGGAAGUUCUUCAGCAAGGUUGUGUACUUGGACAGGCAACAGCUUCCCAGGCCUAUAGGGUUCGAAGUAGAUGAAGAUGAGAGUAAGAUCCCCAAGACUGUUCCUGCAUACUUCAUUUUGCCUGAUGUUAAGGACCUUGUACUGCAGUUUAUUGAACAGUACUAUCAGAUAUUUGACACUGAAGAUAGAAAGCCAUUGGAGGCUGCUUAUUCGAAAAAUGCCCUGUUUUCCUUGACCUGCAACUUUCCAGACACUGGUCCUGGUUCUCGGUUUUCAAACAUCUAUUUAACUGAAAAUAGGAAUUUAAAAAAAUUAGGAUCUUCCAACCGGCGACAGAAGCUAGUAUUUCAAGGACGCAGUGCCAUUGGUAACCUUCUGUGCAAGCUUCCCUCCACUGUUCAUGAUCCUCCUUCCUUCACUUUGGAUGUUCCAGUGGCAAACCCUAAACUGAUAGUUGUGACUCUCAGUGGGGUAUUCCGUCAACAGGCAGACCGACUGCCACCCAUUCGUUCAUUCACACGUACCUUAACAAUUGUACCUGAAGGAACCGGUUACUGCAUAUGUAAUGAGCAGAUCUAUAUUACCACAGCUACAGUGGAGCAAGUUAAGAAAGCAUUUAAUAAGACUCGGGUGGUUGCACCAGCACAGCCCAUUAUGGUGUCAGUGGAGCAGAUUGAGCCAGCCCCUGCAAAUGAUCCUGGUACCCAGCAAGCCACACUUCUGCCCAUGCAGGAAGCUAUGAUAAUUAAAUUUUCUGAGGCAUCUGGAAUGUUACCGCAGUUUUCACAACUGUGUUUGGAGCAAAAUGGAUGGGACUUCAACAAGGCUGGAGAAGUCUUUUUACAAUUGAAGACAGACAAUAAAAUUCCACCGGAGUAUUUUGCACAAAGUGUCUAAAUUUUUGUACAAUACCAAUAACCAUCAUAACUUAAAUUAUUGAUCUGAGAAGUGGACCUUUUGAAAUGUAAUAAAACAGGAAGUUACCAAUUUAAAAAGUUAAGAAAAUGUUCAUUUAAGGGCAUCAGGUGAUCAUAGCAGUAUACAAACUGGCUUGCCAAGCUCCUCCUUUUAAUUCAGAAUUGUCAAACUGCUCAUAUAUUUGUAAGCAAAAUGAUCUUCCUCUCCAUUUUUAACCCGUAAACGGUCCAAGCAGAUCUACGUUCACAUGCGUAGUGCUACAAAAGUAGAUCUACGUUUUUUUUACAUAUUUUCAAAUAUAAAAAAAAAAAGUAGAUCUACUUCUUUUACAUACUUUCAAAUGUUGAAAAAACGUAUAUAUACGUUUGGAACCGUUUACGGGUUAAUGUUUCAUAGUAAAGAUCUGUGUGAUGUACCAGUUUAAAACAAACAUAAAUAUUGUUUUUAAUAUCUAGGAUAAAAGUGCUGAAUUAUAUCUUUGAUGCUUUGUUUGAUAAAUCAACUUAUCAGCCUCAAAGGAAUGGUCACAUGCAGAAUCAUUCCUAGAUGUUAAAAAUGAAUUCAGGUCUUAGAGACUAAAAGAAACACUUAAAAUAAUUGUCGGAAAAGUCUGCUUAUUGAUUUUGCUGUCCAUUCAUAAUAUAUUUUGUAGUAUAUUCAGUUUUCACUGGGUACAGGUAACAUAAACAUUGGGAUUUAAUAUGUUCACUGGCAUUGUAUUCAUGUACAAAUCGUGUUUAUAAAAUUCUUGAAUUCAUGUACAGAUAUUUCUUACAAGGUCACUGAAUUAUGCCCAAAUGCAAAUUCACCAACCACGUACACCUACCAUCCGACUUACGGCCUGCUCAACAUACGACCAUUCGACAUAUGACCGUGUUUUCUAUGCCAAAUUUCUGGGAAAUAAACAACUGUUUGUGAUGUACACAGUGUUUAUCCUAAACCUUACAGUAUAAAAUACAGUACUAACAGCAUAAAAAGUAAAGUAAAAAAUGAAAUACCAAAAUAAAACAAUAAAAUAAAGUCAUUACAAAAAUGUGAUGUUGAUAUUCAGUAGUAAGGUUCAACUUGCAUCCAUUUCGACUUACGACCAGUUUGUCGGAACCGAACUCGGUUGUAAGUCGGAUGGUACCUGUAUUAUAUUUAUUAUUUCAAGUUUCAUUAUCAUACAACAUGUCAUCUUAUAAUCUAGUGACCUUGUAUGAUACUAAAAAGAGUAAAAGUUCUUUUUUUUUGGAUAUUUCAUAUUUUGUAAUAUUUUCUAGUAAUGUUUCAAAAUUUUAGUGUUUAAAAUAAAUAAUAUUUUGAUGAAUGGUUUUUACACUGUGUCAACAUUCAUAUUCCAAGACUUUCACCUGCUUCCAGCAGAUAUUGUGGGAACAAGUCUAAAAAUUUCCAUAAGGAAACUAGAUCAACCAGGCUGCAAUGAACAGGCUGGAACAAACAGCCUGGCCUUAGGUUGGAUUGUAAAAAAAAAAAAAAAAAAAUCAAAUUUGGUUACAGGUACAGAUUUAGUAA